AAUGAUUAAUAUAAAAGUACGAUGAACAUUUUGUAAAAAUUUACAUUCUGUUUUUGCAUAUACAAUCAGACGUAUUGCAUUAAAGUUUGAACUUGAGUUUAGUAAGUUUAGGUACGUUGGAAUAAUUUUCGGUCAAACUUUGAAGACAUUUUCCGUGGUUUUUCAAAUUCUAGGUGAACGAGAUUCACAGAUGGAUAGGAAAGCAAACGUGAAGUGGAUUUACGCGAUUGGUGUUGCCUUAAUUAUUACAAAUGCAGCGUCUGGAGUCGGUGGUGACAAACCGGAUAAUUCUCCACGCAUAAGUCUGGAACCUGACCAUCCAGAAUCCGAUUAUGAUUGUUGUCAUGCACUGAGAGAAAUUUGUAGCCCUAUGUGUAAUGUUUUGAAAACCAGUGAUUACAAAUAUGAACAUUAUUUUCCAAUCAGUAAAAAAAAUGACACGGUUGAGCUAAAAUUCAAAGUGAAAGCGGAUCGCGACGUUAAUCUGAUGUUUUCAACAGGCAUGUUCGUUGAAGAUGAACAGGAAGCUUAUGAAAUAGUACUGGGUGGAACUUAUAAUACGAAAUCAAUCAUCCGAAAAUUGAAAGCUAGUGAUGCUGACUCAACUUCAAUAAUAAAAGAAGAUGUGUUGUCACCCAUCGAAUGGCGCGAAUUCUGGGUUAAAAUUAAGCCUGAUACAGUAGAAGUGGGAAGAAAGAACAAGAACGCAUUCAUGGAAUUAAAAAAUGCAACCAAUAUACCGAUUUAUUAUUACAGCAUCGCUGGUUGGCGGAAUGCUAAUAUUUUAUGGAUCCUUCCUUGUAUCGAGUAUAAUUUUUCGUGAUGAGAUUUUUGUUGACAGGUGGUAUUCGCUUUUUAAAUCACAUACUUACUGCCGAUGCAAUUAUGAGUAAUUGACCGAAUAAACAUGUUUCAAGAAUAAA